GUCGACACCACACAGUAAUCAACUCUAAAUAUACAUAUAUAAACAUUAGCUAGCGCAAGCUUAUACAAGUGAUUUGUGUUGCAGUCUGGUAGCAAGGUAGUUUUUGUGCUGCGUCCCUGAUCACCUUACCGUAAAUUUUCCCCGGCUUCAGUCACGAUGCCAAAUAUCCUGACCGGAAACCUGACCUUCGACUCCCUGCGUCCUCCGGACCUAACAUCCUGUACGAAAAAACAACUGCGGGAUUACUUUGAAAACAGCUACGACUUGAACGAGUCUCUCUUCUCAUCAUUGCGAGACGAGUCUGUGUUCUACACAUGUCCAGACAGGCUGAGACUCCCCCUGAUAUUCUACUUUGCCCACACAGCAUCUGUGUACAUUAACAAGCUUAUGCUGGCUGGACUCAUCCAGGAGCGGGUAGACCUGGAGUUUGAGACCAUGUUUGAGACGGGUGUUGAUGAAAUGUCCUGGGAUGAUACGGAGAACUAUCGUAUGGGAGGGAGCUACCAGUGGCCUUCUCUGGACAAAGUCGUGGAGUACAGGCGGGCAGUGAGAAGUGUCAUCCUUAAGAUGAUCCAGGACACACCACUAGAACUACCUAUCACCAAGGACAACCCUUGGUGGGCACUGCUAAUGGGCAUGGAGCAUGAGAGGAUCCACAUCGAGACGUCCUCCGUCCUCAUUCGCCAGCUUCCUACCGACAUGGUAACCAAGCCAAAUGGCUGGGUUUAUGGUCCCCUGAAGCAUGGUAGGAGAGUGAAGACAAAUCCUUUGAUUACUGUGGAUGCAGUGACAGUGACGGUCGGGAAACCAGACGGUUUCCCGUCGUUUGGCUGGGACAAUGAGUAUGGGGCGACGACAUACAGAGUGCCCAAGUUUGAGGUGAGCAAGUACCCUGUAACCAACGGUCAGUUCAUGGAGUUUGUUUUGGACGGAGGCUACAACAACAAGACAUACUGGACACCAGAGGGAUGGGAGUGGCGGUCAUUUCGCCAGGUACAACACCCCGUCUUCUGGACAUGUGAUAAAGGCUGUAAGUCCAAUUGUGGAUCGGCUCUGUCGUCUCACUCGCAUUGCUCACCAAAAAUAUCCAACGAAUCCAACGGCAACAGCAACAGCAACGGCUACACCAAUGGCGAUGUGAUGCCCUACAGAUAUCGGGCCAUGUUUGACGAGAUCAACAUGCCUCUGGACUGGCCUGUGGAUGUGAACUAUCACGAAGCUCGCGCUUACUGUGCCUGGAAGGGGCAAGACUUCCGUGUCCCCACAGAGGCCGAAUACAUCGCUAUGAGGGGAUCAGAGCUGCAGACCAGCUGUGAUGUGAUGUCUGAUGUCAUCUUCCAAAAGAAUUCGGGGGCCAACAACAACUUGUUGUACGGGUCGUCCACGCCAGUAAACAUGAAUGCAGAGUCUGACCUUGGUUUCCAUGACCUUUAUGGAAACGUCUCGGAGUGGACAGAAGACCAUUUCAACGGGUUGAAUGGGUUCGAGUCUCACUACCUGUAUGACGAUUAUUCCACUCCAUGUUUUGACGGCCGACACAAUAUCAUGCUGAAUGGAUCAUGGAUUUCAACUGGUGCCUACGGCUCCAAAUUUACGCGGUUAGGAUUCCGUCGACAUUUUAUCCAGCAUUGUGGCUUUCGCAUAGCUCGACCUCUUACUGGAACUAAACAGAAAAUUGACAUUCCAGUGGCCCACUUGGACAUGGAAGUGUUUGUGCUGGGAGUCGGAGAACAAGACAUUCCAGAGACCAUUGACCCUACCAAGUACUUGCUGACCCGCAAAAACACCGCAAAUCAACAGUAUCAUUAUGAUAGAAAGGAGGCGUUGGCUGGGAUUCUCGAACAGGAGUUUGGUUACAGAGAUGCAUUGCCCUGUGUGGUGGCUGACCUGUGUAGCAGCUACACAAGAACCUACAAGUGUGGCACCAAGUCAGCAGCCUGGUUUGGAUCUGGCAGUGGCCGUGGACCUCUCCUCCUGGCCUCCAAGUUCAACAGUAUACUGGCUGUGGACUACAGUGGCAGGUUCAUUGACACAGCUCUCCGUCUACAGCGCGGAGAAGAAAUGGCUUUCACAGGACCAGAUGGUCAGGUUACCUCGGCCGUAAUCAAUGCUCCAUCCCAAAAUGUCACUUUCAAACAGUUUACCUGGGUCCCAAAUGAGACUGGCAAGCACAACCUGAUUGUGAUGACUUUUCUGGGCCGAACUCUCACACCCAAAGCUUGGCUGGUAAGAAUGUGGGAAAUCAUUGAAGAAAACGGGAUAGUUGUAAUCGUGUCUGAGGACGAAACCUGGGGCCGAGAUGCACUCGCCCCUCACUUGGACAACAGACUGAAAUGUGUCUGUAUCCAGGAAGUGCCUUAUGAGAAAUGUGGAGGGAAAACGGUUGCCACGGUAACUGUGUGGUCCCUGAAGGGUUGAGGCUGGACCUUGGCAGAAAGACAGAAACUGUAGCAGAUAAUUUAUCUGUUUGUUAUUAUCAAAGUGAUCAUGUUACUGACAUUGUUUUGUGAGAAAAAUAUUCAAAUAAUUUUGAUAUCUACAAAAAAAGUAAUAGUUUUACUAACAAAACUGUGAUUUUUUUCCUGGAGGGAAAGUGUCUUUUUGUGUUGUAGUUUAUAGAUAUUGCAACUUUAACCCUACGUUUCCAUGGAGACAAACUUUACUUUUGUGUUGUGAUUCACAGAUAUCACAACUUUAAUCCGACGUUUUCGUGGAGAUAGCAUGCUGUUGUGUUGUAUAGUAUACAAGAGCUGACAAGUUUAUACCCUUUUUUUUGCAUGUCUUGAUAACAAUGGAUUAUACUUUUGUUGACUUCUGUAUGUACAUGUGCUAUUCAAAACAAUAUGACGUUGUUGUAAUGCCCAGUCAUACAAGAUUGUGUGGUUGUUUAUGCACUCCCAGUUAUAUGGGAGCAUGGAUGUGAUUUUUUUUUAAAAACUGUGUUCCAUAUCGUUCAUUCACUUAUUUGUUUUGACAUUUGAUAAGAGAUUGUUGUUGAUGUGACCGAAUGGUACUUAUCUUCCUCUAUUUACUGAUGUUGCCCCUUUGUACCGUAGGUUUAUUAACAUGUGCUACUAUGACCAGAUUUUGUGUAUAUUUAUUGCAUAAAAGUUUCUUUAUAACAG